UCUCUCUCUCUCUCACUCUCUCAUAUUGUCUCUCUUCAAAUUUCAAAUUCAAUCGGAGACGAAGAUUCACACACUAGCUCUCCUCAUGGGCUGCGUAUCUUCCAAUUUGCUAAACAACGAUGACGACUUCACUCAACUCGGCAGCUCAGCGCUCAGUCACCACAUUGUCUCCCUCACCUCCACUACCUAUGGUCUCCUCAAUCUUGACCCACCUCCUCAGUCCUCCGCCACCACUCCCCCAACCCCACCCAUUCGUUUCACCCUCGGUUCCAUCUUCCCUAGCCCACUCUGCGAGCCCAAGUCUCUCUGGUCCGAUCCUAGGCCUCUCCACUCUGAUUGCCCUGAAACCAUCAAUUCUUGGGAGCUAAUGUCUGGUCUCGACAAUGAUAGCUUCCGCUUUUCUCCCAUUGUCAAGAAAGACCAGACUCAUUUAACAAGCAAAGAGAACUAUAGUCCCGAUUUCGCCUUCAACCCUACUCUUGAAUCCAAUGUCUUGAAGCCCUUGAAGGACAGCUUUUUUGCCAAUUCUACUCCUGGGUCCACCCCCCUCAAACAUAAUGUGCAUUCCCUGGAUAGAUACGAGAAAUUGUGUCCGCCAAAUGGGGAAAACAGAGUUGUGAUCUACACCACAACAUUGAGGGGCAUAAGAAAGACAUUCGAGGCAUGCAAUGUUGUUCGCACAGCAAUUGAAGGAUUUGGGGUAUUAAUUUGCGAGAGAGAUGUGUCGAUGGAUCGCGGGUUUAGAGAGGAGUUAAGGGAGUUGAUGAAAGGGAUGGAGGGAGAGGCAACGAUGCCGCCAAGGAUGUUUGUGAAGGGAAGGUAUGUAGGUGGGGUGGAGGAGGUGAUGAAUAUAGUGGAGGAGGGGAAAAUGGGAGACCUGCUGCAGGGCUUGCCAAAGAAGAGAGGGGGUAUGUGUGAUGGGUGUGGGGAUGCGAGGUUCCUUCCAUGUUUUUCGUGCAAUGGAAGCUCUAAGAUAGUGAUGGUGGUGAAGGAGGGGUUAGGGCAGAAGCAAAGGAGGACGGUGGUGGUCAGAUGUCCUGAUUGCAAUGAGAAUGGACUGGUGCUUUGCCCCAUUUGUGCCUGAAACUGCAGACUAGCCUGUGUUUUAUCGAGUUGGCUUUCGUAAAAUCAAAUGCUAAAUCGUUUAUUUGCGUCAUGACAAGUAAAUUAUCACGAUUUACUUGUUAGAAUUUGAAAGGAAAUGAUAAUUUUCUGUUCCGAA